AUGCCCAACGACCUUGCAAGAAGUCGCCGCAUGCUCGAUCCGCCCAUCUCACCCUUCCAGGAUCUCAAACCUGAGACACAGGGUUCAUCGCCUCCCUCGCUCCGGCUUGCCUUCUUCCACCCAUCUCGCUUGCAACCACACAACAUCAACGCGCCAGAUGUGCUGCCGCCUCCUUCGCUCCGAGGUGUCCACCUCCAAGCCCUGAUCGUCUCCGUUCCGGCCUCGCUUGCAUCGACUGCUGUCGCCCUGGAUCAACACAACACGGACACACGGACGCUCGUCCGCUUGCGACUGUCUUCAACCAGCACAGGUACAGGGGUGUCUAAAUAG